UUCGUGUAUACUAUGUGCUUCCUCAGUGGUAAAGUUGUAAAGCUGGGGUCUGAAUUUUGAUGGUUGGACUGAAGCAUCUGGUCUCCAGACAGCACUUAAAUCUUUUUCUAUCAUAAUCCUACCUUGUUCAUAUUAAGCAGGAUGGACCUCAAUAUGACAAAUCUCUGGUUUCAUGAGAAGGAACAUAUAGCUGCUUCUUCAUUGUCCCAGGCUGAACCGGCUGCAAUAAAUUGCAGGAAUGAAGACCUAGCUGUAUCAGCAGUGAACUUGGGUUGCCUCGGGAGCUCAGAAACAACACACGAUUCUAGAAAAUCAUUUCAGCAUGGCGAUCAAAAUUUGGCUGUUCCUGAUGAUGGCUGCAGGCUUGUUCUUGGACUUGGGCCAACGCCAAAUCUAUAUUCUGCUGAUACUCACUCAUAUGGUGGAAACAAAGCUUAUGAAUCUGCAACUUUGCACACCCAACAUUGUGCCACAACCGAUCCUGGUUUAAUGCUGGGUCUUUCAAGAUGCAUCACAAGAAGUUUACAACCCACAACAGCGAGUGGCAGUGAGAAGUAUUCACAUGCAAGAAAAAAUGGUAUCGUAUUCCCACAUAUUGAUGAGGGGUUAACUUCAGCCAAAAGGAAUUUAGAUGGUUAUAUGCUUUCGCUUCUGUUUGCGCCAGACGAUCCUUGUCUUAAUGGAACACCUCCAGAGACUGAUGUACAACAGCACGAUGGAACUGGAUGUAAUGCUGAAGGCGAUCAUGAUAGAUCACUUAAUCAUCACGAGGCUCAGCUUAGCCCUGAUCUGUCCAUAACAACUGAUUGUUCUUUUGCUGCAACUUCUAAUAUAGUAGUCGGUACAACUAGUGGGGAGCAGAGAAGUCAUCAGCGCCAUCCAAAGAAGUGCAGGUUCAAUGGAUGUUCAAAAGGCGCAAGGGGUGCCUCAGGACUUUGCAUUUCCCAUGGCGGUGGUCAGAGGUGCCAAAAGCCUGGUUGCAAUAAAGGCGCUGAGAGCCGAACAACAUAUUGCAAAGCUCAUGGAGGAGGAAAACGGUGCCAAGAGUUAGGCUGCACCAAAAGCGCCGAAGGGAAGACAGAGUUCUGUAUUGCUCAUGGUGGCGGUAGCCGGUGCGGCAUUCAGGGAUGUGCGAAAGCAGCACGAGGGAAAUCAGGAUUCUGCAUAAAACAUGGCGGAGGGAAGAGGUGCAAGAUAGAGGGCUGCAGGCGGAGCGCUGAAGGACAACCUGGGUUGUGCAUCUCGCAUGGAGGCGGUCGCCGGUGUCAGUACCCAAACUGUGGUAAUGGUGCACAAGGAAGAACCAUCUUUUGCAAGUCCCAUGGUGGAGGCAAGAGGUGCAUGAUUGAAGGCUGUACCAGAGGCGCCGAGGGCAGCACGCAGUACUGCAAAGGGCAUGGUGGCGGUAAGAGGUGCCUCUUUGAGGGAGGUGGGGUGUGCCCAAAGAGCGUUCACGGCGGAACUAGCUUUUGCGUCGGGCAUGGAGGAGGCAAACGUUGCACUGUCCCGGGUUGCACCAAGAGUGCUCGUGGUCGCAGUGACUGCUGUGUGAAGCACGGUGGUGGCAAGCGAUGCAAGUUCCAUGGGUGCGACAAGAGUGCACAGGGGAGCACAGACUUCUGCAAGGCCCAUGGUGGCGGGAAGCGAUGCGCCUGGAGCACCGGCUGCGAGAAGUUUGCCCGGGGAAGGAGCGGUUUAUGCGCUGCGCAUGCAACCCUGAUGGCUUCCAACCAAGAUGUUGAGUCCGGACAGGGAAGAAGCAUGGUCGGGCCUGGCCUCUUCAGCGGCAUUGUCUCUGCUUCCUCGGCAGCGGGUAGCAGCAUGGACCAUGCCAUCUCCUCUUCGGGUCAUGGCACGUGGUCGGACUGCGUCGACUCGUCAGGAGACACCAUGCUGAGCGGCGGCAAGCUAUUGAUACCUCAUCAGGUGCUGGUCCCUGGCUCACUGAAGCCCUCUUCUUCGUGCCGCCUAGCUGGCAACGGUUGUGGGGAGGACGGAGGGAGCCGGAGCCAGAGCUUCGGGCUCGUCGUGCCCGAGGGAAGAGUGCAUGGUGGAGGGCUGAUGUCCAUGCUUGGAGUUGGAGGCAACCUGGAUCUGGUGGCCAAUCCUGAUGGUUCGAAAGCCUGAAACAAGCAAAGGAUUGAGGCCAUUUUGCGCGCCUUUCUGUUAUACUUCUUGCAUGUAGCAUAUGCAUGAUUUUCAAAUGGCCAUUGCGCCCUUAUUGUACUUCGUAAGUGGAACUGGAUUAUGUGGCAACCGGUCCUUGUGUAACAUAUAUUUGCUGUUUACAGAGUGCUUUCAGCAUUUAGUCCUUUGUGUACAGAGCUUCAUUGCUUCAAGCUGGGUUUCGAACUUGUAUAAGCUUGUAUCCUUGUUUCUGUGAAUUUUGCAAACCGAUUCUCUGAAAUCGUUGCUUC